AUGGUCAACCAGAAGCGACAAGAGAAGCUCGCUGCGAAGAAGGCGGCGGAGGACGCAGCUCGUCAGUGGCUGCUACCGGAGAUUCCGGCCAUUUCGGUGGUCGGAGGGUCUUCAACCGCAGCUUCUGACGUGGCUGCUGAUCCUGCCGCCAUCGACGCGGCCGACGUUCCUCUCCCGGCGGACGAGGAGAAGGAAGACAAGGGUAAGGGACCGGCGAUCCCGACCCCGACCGAAGAAGAGGUGACUGUCGCCUCGUCCGAGGCUUCGGCUAAGGACGAGGCGCUCAGAAGAGCCAUGAUCGCCUCGCUCGAGCGAGACCACCGCGCUGGGCUCCUCUUGAGGAGAGAGACCCAUAACUUGUUCCUCCAUGUUCGUGAGGGCACGAUGAUCGGAUGUCAUCGCGACAUCGUUACCUCCGAGGCCACCAAAAUGGCGGAGCUCCUUCCUCCUGCCGACGAGGACGGCAAGACCCACCUCGACCUGAGCGACUGCGCGAUGGCGUACCUCAGCCCGGUCAUCUUCUUCAUCUACAACGGUGAUCUCCCCGGCCACCGAGUAAACCGGGAUUGUAUCUGGGACACCCGUCCUGUCAUCAACAACGUCAUGUUCUAUGGCCCGGCGUAUCGCUUCGGCGUCUCGUCAAUGCUCAAGAGCCAGCUUGACAACAUGGAGGAGGUGUACGAGAUGUACCGCGUCGCGUUCGGCGGCCGGUACUUUUACUACCAGAUCAAAGACUUCGAUAAGAUGGCUGGAUUCGAGGUUCCCUUCCGGAUGGCGCUUAUCCAUCUGUACCUCGACAACCCCCUGAACGAGGAGCUCAAGCCCAUGAAGGUGGCUUUUGCCAAGGUGGCGACCGUCGUGCUCCCCUUCCUGCGCCGCCAGCCUAGCUUCAAUUCGCUGACUCAGAGUCUAUGGGAGGGCCUUCCGUUUCCCUGGCGUUCCGAGUGGGAGGAGUUCUACUACGAGGGUCUGCUUCCCGACUUCCCCAAGAUCUUUGACGAGAAAAUGGAGUGGGUUGAGGAGAAGAUUGAUGAGAGCCGCUUCUUCUACGAAGAGCCCACUGACCCUCAUGGUCCGUCCUCGCGUCCUGCCUUGUCUGGUCCCGCGAUGGUUCCGUUCUACCAGGAGUCCGUCGACGAGAUGUGCCGUCGUCUUUCUGGCUUUGGCAUCAAUGCCGGCUACUCGUUCACUGGCUAAGAUGGCAGUAUCCACC